AUGGGAGUCCUGCUGGGGAGCCGGGCGCACCGGCCUCCAGCAGAGCGCACCCGAGUCAAGCCAGGGCGCCUGCGCGACUCCGCGCAGCAGCCGAGCUCGGCCAGUCUGAAGGGCAGCGCAGAGCCUGCAAAGCUGUGGCCUUGGGACUGUCCUCCGAUAAAGAAGGAUCUGCAGGCUUAUGACGUUGUUGCUGUGUUGAAAAGCAGUUGUGUGCGCGUGGAUCAGCAGCGCCGAGGCGGUGGGCGAGUGUGUUACAGAAGUGUGAGCAGAGACUGCGUGGGGUCCGGAGACUCCAGGGAACCCAAGGGUGACAGAAAGCUCAGCCAAGAGGGCAGGCGUGGCGGGGGCCUGCAGUGCGAAGGCAGGAAGUCACCCCAAGGCAGCGAUGUCCAUCUGGGUGGGCUCCUUGUCCUGAAGUCCUCCAGCCCAGUGGCCCAGGGAGCGGCACCAUUUUGUGGGCGUGCCCACCCCAGACUGGAGCUGUAA